CUCUUGAAGGUCGGGCAUGGUGGUACAUUGGACAAAGACGCCCAUGGAGUGCUUGCUGUUGGAGUUGGAAAUGGCUGCAAACAUCUGACCAAAUUAUUGCACGGACCUAAAGCAAGUUUUUCAAAUUUUUCUUUAAAUAAAUAUCUCUGCACCACAGUCUUAGGAAUAGAAACUGAUACAUGCUACAUAACUGGCAACAAAAUAAAUGAGAAGCCAUUUGAUCAUGUCACAAAAGAAAUGUUGGAACAUGCACUGCUCAAAUUUGUUGGAACCACCCUACAAGUACCUCCAAUCUAUUCAGCAUUGAAGUUUCAAGGUCGCAGGUUAUCUGACAUGGCAUAUGCUGGCGAAACAAUUCCAGUUGAAAAAUUGCUUGCGAGAAAGGUUGAUGUGUUUGACAUUCGAUGCAUUCAUUUUCAGUUGCCCACUUUCACAUUAGACAUUUCUUGUGGUCCAGGCUUCUAUGUCAGAAGUUUGGUGAAAGAUUUAGCUCAUGAAAUGAAUACAUGUGGAUACGUCGGCGGGUUAGAAAGGACUAGGCAUGGUAUUUUUGUUAAAGAACAUGCACUAACUGAAUCACAAUGGAAUUAUGCAUCAGUAAUAAAAUCCAUCAAUUUCUUUAGGUUUCAUUGGAAAUAA